UCUGUCCUGCGGGCGCAUCAACGUGUGUCUGCGCUUUACUUCAAACUUCAUCCGAGAUUACUGCAGUCCACUUCGAGACAUUUGCAUGUUUCGGAUACAGUCUUCGAAACAUUUUUUGCAAGAUUUUUCUUGCCGUUCAAAAACAAACCGCAGAACAUCAACAGUGGAAACUUUUUAGUCAUUGCACAUUCAACGGUUAACUGGUUUUGGCUCCUUUUGCGCCGUUCCUGCCAAUGUAGUUUCAAAGGAUCACGGUCUAACGGAUUAACCUUAACGUUAUCAGAACCGCCGUUUGAAUAUGUGUUAAAGUCUAUCUGUUUCCAUACGCUGGAAGCAUCGUGUGAGAACCUGCCAACGCCUUUUCUUUCUUCGUUGUUCUGCGAGCUGUAGGAGAAAAUAGCUCCCAACUACAGCGUCCAGAUUUGAAGGUUAUAUUUUCCCCUUGUCCUCGUUUUUAUAAACGUUUUGAAAAAAUGGGUUGCACGUUAAGUACUGAAGAUAAAGCAGCGAUGGAGAGGAGUAAGAUGAUUGAUCGGAACCUGCGAGAGGACGGAGAGAAAGCAUCCAGAGAAGUCAAACUACUGCUGCUCGGUGCUGGGGAAUCAGGGAAGAGCACAAUAGUCAAGCAAAUGAAGAUCAUUCAUGAGGAUGGCUAUUCAGAUGAAGAGUGCAAGCAGUAUAAAGUUGUGGUUUACAGCAACACUAUCCAAUCCAUCAUUGCUAUCAUCAGGGCCAUGGGCCGCUUAAAGAUCGACUUUGGAGAUCAUGCAAGAGCAGAUGAUGCUCGUCAGCUCUUCGUGCUUGCCGGCACUGCAGAGGAAGGGGUCAUGACCCCUGAGCUCUCUGGGGUCAUCUGCCGGUUAUGGAAGGAUGAAGGAGUGCAGACAUGUUUCGCCAGGUCACGAGAAUAUCAGCUCAAUGACUCUGCGUCAUACUAUCUGAAUGACCUGGAUAGGAUAUCCCAGCCCAACUACAUGCCUACUCAACAAGAUGUGCUGAGAACUCGGGUCAAGACCACUGGCAUUGUAGAAACACACUUCACUUUCAAAGAGCUCUAUUUCAAGAUGUUUGAUGUUGGUGGCCAGCGUUCAGAACGGAAGAAAUGGAUUCAUUGUUUUGAGGGCGUCACUGCCAUUAUCUUUUGUGUUGCACUAAGUGACUAUGACCUGGUCCUAGCUGAGGAUGAGGAGAUGAACCGGAUGCAUGAGAGCAUGAAGCUCUUUGACAGCAUCUGCAACAACAAGUGGUUCACAGACACGUCAAUCAUCCUCUUCCUCAAUAAGAAGGAUCUGUUCGAGGAGAAGAUCAAAAUAAGUUCGCUCACAAUAUGCUACCCAGAAUACUGUGAAUCGAACACAUACGAGGAGGCAGCAGCCUACAUCCAGUGCCAGUUUGAGGAUCUGAACAGACGAAAAGACACAAAAGAGAUCUAUACACACUUCACCUGUGCCACUGACACCAAGAAUGUACAGUUUGUGUUUGAUGCUGUCACUGAUGUCAUCAUCAAGAAUAACCUCAUAGAGUGUGGCCUCUAUUGAAAUGUCAUCUUUCUGCUAAGUUAUUUAAGGAAGAUUUUGGAUCAUUACUGGCUGGUUGCUCCUGAUUUUCCCUAUUUCCUUUGGAGGAGAAUGACCGAGAAAGACUGCCACCCUGCUGCAUGCAGUCUUGAUGCUAAAUGCAGUACUUAUACCCAUGGACAGCAUUACAGAAACUAUCUUUUCUUUUUAUGAUCUUUCUGUGAUGGAUCUUUUCUUUGCCACUGGCUCAGUCUUUAUGUUAUUGUCAGGACAGCUUCAUUCCAUUCAUUUCCUGUUUCUUUCAUAGGUAUUGCGUGACACAUUACUAUGCAUUGAUCAAAAUCCACCAUGUACAGUGUCAUUACACUAUGUGCUUAACGCCAUUAGAUCAAAUCAUUAAAAAAAAAAAAAAAAAUGUACAUUUACAAUCUACAAUUUUUGAAUUUAAAUUCUCUAAAUAAUAGUGUAUAACGUUUUUGCUCAUUUUUUAAUAGUAUCCAGCUAAUGUAUUAAUUAUUUAGGUUUGUCUUCAAGUAUGUUUGCAUAUGUUGCAGAAUUUCAAAGAAUUAGGUUGCUAUGAUGAAUGAAACUGAACUAAAGUGGAAUUGUUGUUUAUUGCACUAAGAUAAAUCAUAGUGUUAUUGUUCCUUCUUCACAGACAAAAGAAUACAGUAAUGGCACAUUUUUGUUUAUUUUUUUCCAGUAACUAGACAUGGAUCAGUUUAUAUAACACACUAUUGUCUUUAGGAGAGUGUGAGUUAUGAACAAAUGCUUGUCUCUGAGAUACAUUUCUUAAUUGUGCAAAAAUAAUGACCCUGUGUUGGUUCAAGAACAUUUUGGAACAUAUGCCAUAAAAAAAGAAAAAUCACUUGCAUGAUGGCCGGAUUUGUAUUUGCAUCUUGAUGGAGUACAGCCUUUUUUAAGACAUGUUUGAUGUGCUUUUGUUUAAUCCUGUGGAUUUCAGUAUUUUUAAACAAACUGACACAAUGUGAUCUGGUUUACAGUACCUUUAUUAAAUAUGAAAUUUCUUUCUGUCAAUUUCGCAUUAGAUGUCCAUAACAUUCUUUUCGCACUGUACAGAAUUUUUUUUGCCUAAUAGCCUGAGUUACUACCUUAAUGCAGUAACACAGUGAGUGCAAGACAGUCAUUAUCAUGUAUUACAAGUCUGGCAUAUUCAAAUAGAUUUUUUGUCUAGAUUAAUUUUUCAUAAAUCCAUGAUUCUUACUUUUAUCAUUGUGCUUUUUAAACUACAGUGCAUUCAGAAAGUAUUCAGACCCCUUCAUUGUUUUCACAAUUUGUUAUGUUGCAGCCUUAUGCUAAAAUGCUUUACAUUUAUAAUUUAUUUUCCACAUCAAUCUACACUCCAUACCCCAUAAUGACAAAGUAAAAACCAGAUUUUUGAUAACUGCAAACAUUUUUAAAAGAACAAACUGAAGUAUCACAACUAUCACUUAACUGAGUACUUAGUUGGAGCACCUUUGGCAGUGAUUACAGCCUCAAGUCUUUUUGGGUAUGAUGCGAAAAAGCUUUGUACACCUGGAUUUGGGGAUUUUCUGCCAUUUUUCUCUGCAGAUCCUCUCAAGCUCUGUCAGGUUGGAUGGGGACCAUGGGUGGACAGCCAUUUUCAGGUCACUCCAGAGAUGUUCGAUUGGGUUCAAGUCCGGGCUCUGGCUGGGCCACUAAAGGAUAUUCAUAGAGUUGUCCCAAAGCCACUCUUGCGUUGUCUUGGCUGUGUGCUUAGGGUCAUUGUCUUGUUGGAAGGUGAACCUUCAGCCCAGUCUAAGGUCCUGAGCACUCUGGAGCAGGUUUUCAUUAAGGAUAUCUCUGUAUUUUGCUGCGUUCAGCUUUCCUUCAACCCUGACCAGUCCCCCAGUCCCUGCCGCUGAAAAACACCCCCACAGCAUGAUGCUACCACCACUAUGCUUCACUGUUGGGAUGGUAUUGCGCAGGUGAUGAGCGGUGCCUGGUUUCCUCCAGAUAUGACACUUGGAGUUGAGGCCAAACAGUUCAAUCUUCAUUUCAUCAGACCAGAGAAUCUUGUUUCUCAAAGUCUGAGAGUCAUUUAGGUGCUUUUUUUAUGUGUCUUGCACUGAGGAGAGGUUUCUGUCUGACCACUCUGCCAUAAAGCCCAGAUCGGUGGAGUGUUGCAGUGAUGGUUGUCCUUCUGCAAGUUUCUCCCAUCUCCGCACAUGACCUCUGGAGCUCAGAGAUCAUGGACCAUCGGGUUCUUAGUCGCCUCUCUUACCAAGGCCCUUCUCCCCCGAUUGCUCAGUUUAACUGGGCGGCCAGCUCUAAGAGGAGUCCAGGUUGUUCCAAACUUCUUCCAUUUAAGAAUUAUGGAGGCCACUGUGCUCUUGGGAACCUUCAGUGCAGCCACAAAAAAAAAAUGUGUAGCCUUUCCCAGAUCUGUGCCUCGACACAAUCCUGUCUCUGAGCUCUGCAGGCAGUUCCUUUGACCUCAUGGCAUGGUUUUUGCUCUGAUAUGCAUUUUCAGCUGUGAGACCUUAUAUAGACAGGUAUGUGCCUUUCCAAAUCAUGUCCAAUCAGUUGAAUUUGCCACAGGUGGACUCCAGACAAAGUGAAGAAACAUCUCAAAGAUGAUCCAGAGAAAUGGGAUGCACCUGGGCUAAAUUUCAAGUGUCAUAGCAAAGGGUCUGAAUACGUAUGUCAAUGUGAUAUUUCAGUUUUUUUCUUUUUAAUAAAUUUGCAAAGUUAUCAAAAUGUGUUUUUGCUUUGUCAUUAUGGGGUAUGGAGUGUAGAUUGAUGUGAAAAAAAAUUAAGGGGUCUGAAUACUUCUUGAUUGCACUAUAUUGUAAACCUGAAAGUGCAAAUGAACAACUAACAUUAAUGAUUGCACUGAAUCAAAGUUAGUAUGUGAAAACUCUGGUUUUGAUUGGUUUCUGAAUACUCCUUUGACCAUUAUUUAAAAUAUGGGUAUUUUUGAUCCUGAAAAAUUGUCCAUAAUACAGUCUCACCAGUUGCUGCAGUUUUUACAAAAUGCAUAUGCAAUCAUCUUUGUUUUAAACCCUAACAUUUCUGGAAAAUACAUCAAUACAUUUUCUUGACCAGAUACAACUAUUUUAAUAACAUGGGUAAAAAAAAAAAAAAAAAAAAAGUUCAAA